UUGGCUAAGCUUAUUAGAGGUAAAAAGGACUUUUGGGAAAAGGACUUUUGGGAAAAGGACUUUUUGAAAAGGAGUUUUAAAAAAAAGUGUUUGGAUUAGCUUAUUGAUGUAAAAUGACUAAAAUGGGCAUUCUUUUAGAUAUAAGGGGGUAAAGAAGGGUUAUAUUGGUAAUUUCAUUUUUGAAAAGUCACUUUUGGAUCCAAAAGUCAGGAAUUCUUGGCUUUUCAAAACCUUCAAUUUCCUUCUUUGCUUUAAGCUAUUUCAAAAAGGACUUAUCCAUUAUCCAAACAUAAAAAUAGCUUAUUGACUUAUCAAUAAGCUAAUAAGCUAAUAAGUCAUUUUGAGAAGCCCAUCCAAACAUGCCCUAAAUCGCCUUUUCAUCUUCUCCAGCAAGCCACCAACUGAGGAAGGCACCAGCCACCAAGCGACGACGAUCUGACUCCGUUUUCUUCUCCGAGCAACGAAGAUCGGAAGGAAUGAAGGAUAAACCUAAGCUCACUGAUAAAAAAAUUGAGAAAAAACUCAAGUUCUAUUCAAUCAAGAAGAAGAAAAAGAUUAGAACGAGACAAACGAAAUUGAAAGCAUACAAUCUGUCUUCACUGGCGGAAUGCCUACCCGACUUAGAGUCUUCUAAGCAAGAAACGCCAGCUGGCAGGGGAGAAACCUGUGCAGAAGAGACGUCUGUUAAUUUGUUUUUUAGCGAGAUUGUGAACUUAGCUGCUGCAAGAAUCAACGGCAUGGUUGAAAGACUAGAGUUGUCACAAGAAAUAAGAGAGAGGGUAUACUCUCUUUUUCAACAGAUUCUGAGUCACCGAACAAGGUUGUUGUUCAACCGCCAUAUUGACCAGAUUGUCUUAUGUUGUUUCUAUGGAAUUGCAAAGGUUUCCCAACUGAGCUUAACUUUCAAAGAAAUCAUCCACGGCUACAGAAAACAGCCAAAUUAUGUAUCUCAAGUUAUUCGUCAUGUGUAUGUUGACGACGCGAGAUCUUCUCUGUCCAAUGUGAAAACUGGGCAGAAUCACGUUGAUAUAAUCAUGUUUUACAAUGAAGUAUUCCUUCCUGCUGUGAAGCCAUUGUUGCUAGAGCUUGCAGAGGUUGCUCAAACCACCAAUCAGGUUUCAGAAACAAACAAUCAUGACCAAGGUCCAUGCUCUGGCUCACCUAAGGUAUCUGUUUUCCCUGAUAUGUCCCCAAAGAAGUCAUGUGCUCAGAUGGAUGCUCUAAUUUCUCAUGGAUCUGAAAGCAGCUGUUAUGCACAGUGUGUUGGGGAUACUACCCAUGAAUACCAGAGCCCGUUAAAGGAUCUCACAGCCAUUGACAGUCGCUUGAACGGUAAUUGUGCCAUCGUAUCUGGAUCGUGUGGUGGUUCGUAGGCAGCUUGAACGUGGAGCUCAGGUUUGACGGUGGGGUUUCUUGUACAUAUUAUGACGAUUGAUGCCUAACUAUUAACUUAAGUAGAACAGUUUAAUGGGUUUUUUUAAUCUGAUCAUUUUUUUGGUUUUUAAUGUUAAUGAUCAGGGUUACCCAUUGUUUGGUAUGUAACUGUCAACUAUGAAUGGUGUUAACUGUUAAGUAAUUAUGAAUGAUGGUUCUUGUUUUAUGGUAAUAUCAGGAUGUUUUA